ACCGAGCAAGGAAGCCCAGCCCCGAUGCACCUCCCCUUGAGAACUGGUAAGAAAAACUUGACAUUUUCCUUCCUUUUCUUGUUCAAGAACCAGAUUUAGGCUUGGAAAUCCCCCCCUCCCUGCAGAAAAAUCCCGGUUCUGCUCUGCUCUGUUUCUUCCAUCUGCUGCUCCUGCUUUGUUGGGGCGAAUUGGUCUGGUUUCUAGUAAGAAACAUCCAUUAUUUCCUCUGUUCUUCCUUGAAUUUAACUUGGAUUACUCUAAGUUCCUCUUGUUCCUUCAAUUUUAAGGUAGAUCCGUGAGUUUCCCCUGCAGAUUCCAUCGGCUUCCCCAACCCGCCAGCUCUAAUUUUGUUUGCUGGAAAAAUUUUGGUAGUAUGACCCGAGGACGAGGAAAAACGAGGGGAGUGACGAGUUAGAUGGCUAGCCAUCUUGUAAAUCGAGCAUAGAGUUUAGAUAUAAAUCAUGAUCUUAUAAGCUAGACUUUAUUUGGAGAUUUUUGAAAUCAGAGCAAAUUUUAUAAUUUUAUCUUCAGAUUUUGUGGUAUCAGAUUGUGGUAUGAUAAAGUUUCAAGCCUUGUGCAUUUGUGGGAUCCUCUCACAAGUGUACGGCAUCUGCCAUGUCCCCGGAUUUGGGUUCUGGGGCGUGACAGAAACAGGAAUGAGUACUCAUCACUACCCUAACAAGCCAACAACAAAUCUCAAUCUCCACCCUCCCCAAUGGCCAUUUGGGAAGCAGGAGAUAACUUCACACCUCAACAUAAGUAACUACACUCGAGGGUUAUCGGCGUGAUUAUGUGGUGCCCUCAACCUAAAUCAAGACCCCGCGCCCAUCAAACACAACAACAUGGCAAGGAAUCUAAUGAUUAGUACAACUAAAAGAUGAAACCCUAUCUGAGACGGAUAAACAUCCCUUGGAUAUAUAAGAUCAUGAAUGGAUGAAUGCAUUCAUAUGUAUGUAUGAAUGAAUGCCUAUGUGCGUG